AUGGCGUGUUAUGUCAAAGUAAUGCGUGGAAAUGAAGGCAAGGAAGUGCAGGAAAAGCUGGAGCAGCCUUUCCUCCAGGCGGUGUCGACGACCCUCGGCGACCGCUACACCGAGAACGUAGAGAACAUCUACAAGAUCACCAUCAAGUUCAUCAUCGAGGCGGUGAUUCGCGGCUUUGAACGCACGCCGCAACCCACCAAAGCGCAGGCGGGCGCGUCCUAGCAUGGGCCUCCGGCGUAAAGGCGCGUCGCCAUCACCUACAACCACUACUACUACUACUCACCUUUUGAAGCGCAGCUCCGGACGAGAGGCAGCCAUCUUGUCGAGGCAGCCAGCCAGCCAUCUUGUCAGAAAACUGCCUGUCGCUUUGCCGCGCCGCCGCCGCCGCCGCCGCCGCUGCUGCCAUCUCGCCGCCGCCGCCGCAACCGCAGCAGUUGUCUCGUUGCUUGGCGCUAUUCUAGCUCUCGCGUCCUCCGUUUUUUAUCGACGUAGCACGCACACGCCAAACCGCACACUACUUCUUGCACACAACGUAUCAUGUAAAAUACCGUGAAGCCUAGAGUCAGGAGAGGACGGUUCGAUUGUUCAAAAAUGGCGUCGUAUUGUCGACGCGAGACGGCAGUUCUGUGAACGUCCGCGAGAUCGAAUAGGAGUUGUAGUUCGCUUAACGUUCUUCUGAAGCGCUUGGGGUUGUUGCGCUGAACGAUUCCGGAUAUCCGGAACUUAACAAGGGAAGAUUAUGCGUGUUGCGAUCAGCACUGUGACUGCCGAAACGACAAACCACUUUCUCGCGUGGUGUAUGAACCCACAAAAUACUACAUUAUAACAAUUGCGUUCUUUCCUGUUUCGAGUUUUCAUGCACACAACGUAUCAUGUACUAAACAAUACUUCCAUCGUCACUAGAGAGUAAAUAAUGCGUCAAGAUGUUAACGUGUUAGGCCAAAAAAUGCUUGCUGUCUUGCCUCUAAUACUACUUCUAUUUAUCUACUAAUUACCAAUGUAAGUAAAUAAGUAAGGAGGUCCCUUUUGUGAAAAAAAAACUGAGCGAUGUGUAAAAUAAUGUAUCGAUUCCCCUGACCACACCGUCAAUUGUUACUGUACUGGUGGACUGAGUGGACGCGAGAGGAAAAAAAUCAAACGCGGGCGUUAGUUUGAUUGUCGGCCGCGUGAUAGCGCUAUUGUCUGACCUAACUUCACUUCCCUGGAGGGAAUUUUAAACCGUUGAAAAGUGCGUUACAAUGGAAGCUUCAUAAAAAAGCAUAUUCGCGCACGAACAAAAAGUAAGGACAAGUGACAGCUAGGUCUGUGAUCGUACGAUGAAGCAACAAAGACUUUUAUUGUAUAACGGCUGUUCUGGCAGCACAUUUAAAAAUGUAUGUUAUGUUAUUGUUAGUAGAAUUAGGAGGCCUAAGUGGCCGAUAUUGGAGACUGCGUGGUUUUGCUGCGAACGAAACCAUUGCGUUUAACCAAGAGACUGUGUUACCCUGUGUUCUGUGUUCAUACGCUGGUGUGUAGCAUAGGUGUUGUGUAUACACUAUGCCAGUAUUAUGCUGGUUCCUAGCAGUCAAAACGAAGUCUUAUUUCCUCCCGUUUCUUCUGACCUUGGCCUGCCUAAGGCUAAUUGUGUAAGUUGACACAAUUGUGCAACGUACCAUUUUCAAUCUGUCGGGGCCACCCUCGUGUCGAGAUCAUGCCUCAUUUCUCAUUUACUUCCUUUUCGAACGAAUUUUUAGGCGAGAAACAAUCCAUUCUAUAAGCAUACUUCGUCUGAAUUAAUAACAUUGUGCAGUGCUGUCAUUUC